GCAUUUCACGUCUGAGAAGUUGGCAGGCCCGCUUCUGGCGUCAUAAAGGCGGCAGGGCAGUGAGUUCUAGUUUCGCUAGUUCCAACUUUCUCCCACCGUCCCUUGGGUGUCAGCUUCCCCGGAUUUCGGUUCUUUCAACCUGGGCACUGCCAGCGUCGUAAACGGCCACUGGAAAGGAGAAAGGAGCUCGCGGAGACCUCGGCUGACGUCCCUGCGCAUGUGCAGUGACCUGAGCGGAGAGUCGGGGCGUGGCCUGAGCGCGGGGAGCUCGCGCGUGCGCUCGUCUCGCUCCGUGCGGCUGCAGCUGGAAGGCUCCCGGAGUAUGUCGGCCCCGUUUGAGGAGCGCAGUGGGGUGGUUCCGUGCGGGACGCCGUGGGGCCAGUGGUACCAGACCUUGGAGGAGGUGUUUAUUGAAGUUCAGGUGCCGCCUGGCACUCGCGCCCAGGACAUCCAGUGCGGCCUGCAGAGCCGGCAUGUGGCGCUGGCCGUGGGUGGUCGCGAGAUCCUCAAGGGCAAGCUCUUUGAUUCUACAAUAGCUGAUGAGGGAACAUGGACUUUGGAGGACAGAAAAAUGGUCCGUAUUGUUCUUACAAAGACAAAGAGAGAUGCAGCAAAUUGCUGGACUUCUCUUCUAGAAUCUGAAUAUGCAGCUGAUCCUUGGGUGCAAGACCAAAUGCAGAGGAAACUUACAUUAGAGAGAUUCCAGAAAGAAAAUCCUGGCUUUGACUUCAGUGGAGCAGAAAUCUCAGGAAACUAUACUAAAGGUGGACCAGAUUUCUCAAAUCUUGAGAAAUAACCACUACGGUUUUGCUUCAUUCUGUGGAUCCUAGCAGAUGUUGUGAACUUAAAGGAACAGUUAUGGGGUAGAAGGAGAAUGUGGAUACCUGCAGUUAACAAAUUGCAAAAUACAUUAACUAUGGUUCUUAAAAAUUGCAUUCAAAUACCAUUUUACAUAGGAAACAUCUUAAAUACUGUGGAAACUAUUCUACUGAUGUAUAGCAACUUUUCUUUGGACUUGUUUUUUUGCUCAGCAUGAGGUUUUAUAUGCUGCAUUUUACUAAUUUCAUAUUUAACCUGUAUUUUUAAUACAAAAAAACAUUAGGGUAUAGAUCAUGUGAAAUGACUGGUGCCUUCAGGGACAAUUAAAUUUUCUUUCAAUAAGUGUAACGCAGGAAUAAUGUUCAAUAAAUUUUUCUAAAUAGGAA